AUGACAUUUGGAAAUUAUGUUUUAUUUAAUUUAAUUGUUGCUAUUCCUGUUGAAGGAUUUUCCACAGAAAAAAUGGGUAAUAAUUUUGAUACCGGAAGUGAUUCAAAUCGAUAUGGAAAAAUUGAUCCAUUCAAAAAGUUAAAUAAAAGUUCAAAUUCAAAUAAUUCAUCACUAUAUAAAUCAAUAAUUAAAAUUUGUUCAUCUCAACUUCAAUCAUUAUCAUCAUCAACAACACAAAGUUUUCAUACAUGUAUUGAAUCAAUGGAUAAAUAA